CGCUAUCAAACUCCGGAGCUAAAAUUAAGCGGUUUGCUCCGGUUGAAUAUUUUAUAAUUUAUGUUGGUGAGUUAGAUCACCCAAACUCCAGCGGCGCUAACAAAGCUUUGUGCUGCGGUUGAGAGUUGCUUGCAAGUAUUAACGUUUGAUCCGGUAGUUAGUGAGAUUCGAAGGGAAACCGAUGAGUUGGGUUUGGGCUUCUCAUUGAGAAUUGGAGGUUUUGAGGUAAUACAAAGUAAACUGCGCGCAAGUCUCGUUGUUAUGCAACACAUUAAUUUGAUUUGACCGUUGGAAACAAUUUGGGCUCAGUAACUCUCGAGGGAAAAUGGUCGGGAGCACGGACGGCAAUCGCAGCCCCGGUCACCCCAACGGAUCAAACCACGGCCCCCACAGGUCAGCUGAGCUAAAGCUCGAUGAGCUCAGGCGAGUCCUCAGCAAAUCCGAGGGCAGCCUCUUGAAGAUCGUGGGCAUUGGGGCCGGAGCUUGGGGCAGCGUCUUCGCUGCCCUGCUCCAGGACGCCUACGGCCAGUUCCGCGACAAAAUCCAGAUCAGAAUCUGGCGAAGGCCCGGGAGGUCUGUCGACAGGUCGACCGCCGAGCACCUCUUCGAGGUGAUCAAUUCGAGGGAGGACGUGCUGCGCCGGCUGAUCAGGAGAUGCGCGUACCUGAAGUACGUCGAGGGGAGGUUGGGGGACAGGGUUCUGUACGCUGAUGAGAUUCUGAGGGACGGGUUCUGCUUGAACAUGAUCGAGACUCCGCUGUGCCCGAUGAAGGUCGUGACGAACUUGCAGGAGGCGGUUUGGGACGCGGAUAUCGUCGUCAACGGGUUGCCGUCGACGGAGACCAGGGAGGUCUUUGAGGAGAUUAGUAGGUAUUGGAAGGAGAGGCUCAGCGUGCCGAUUAUUAUCUCUUUGGCGAAGGGGAUCGAGGCUGCUCUUGAUCCGUUGCCUAGGAUUGUGACUCCUACUCAGAUGAUCCAAUGCGCAACUGGAGUCCCAAUUGAGAAUAUACUUUACCUUGGUGGUCCAAACAUUGCUUCUGAGAUCUAUAAUAAGGAGUAUGCGAAUGCUCGAAUAUGUGGAGCUGAGAAAUGGAGGAAACCUCUAGCAAAGUUUUUAAGGCAGCCGCAUUUCAUUGUGUGGGAUAAUAGCGAUCUGGUUACCCAUGAAGUUAUGGGCGGUCUGAAGAAUGUCUAUGCUAUUGGUGCCGGAAUGGUAGCAGCACUAACCAAUGAGAGUGCUACCAGCAAAUCGGUAUAUUUUGCACAUAGUACUUCUGAAAUGAUAUUCAUAACUCAUCUGUUAGCAGAGGAGCCAGAGAGGCUUGCUGGCCCUUUGCUAGCUGAUACUUAUGUAACCCUAUUAAAAGGUCGUAAUGCUUGGUACGGGCAAAUGCUAGCCAAAGGAGAAUUGAGUCCCGCUAUGGGAGACAGCAUCAAAGGAAAAGGAAUGAUUCAGGGUGUAUCUGCAGUUGGUGCAUUUUAUGAGCUCCUUAGUCAACCCAGCUUAAAUGUUUUGCAUCCCGAAGAAAACAAGCAUGUUGCUCCUGUGGAAUUGUGCCCUAUUCUUAAAACAUUAUACAAGAUAUUGAUCAAAAGGGAGCUUUCCACAGAGGGAAUUCUACAAGCAUUAAGAGAUGAAACUGCAAAUGAUCCUCGUGAUCGUAUUGAGAUAGCACAAACCCAUGCUUUCUACAAACCAUCGCUCCUCGGUCAACCCUGAGAUGAGAGGGAAAAAAGUCUUUGUCUUGCAAGUUUUGUCAUUUAUUUGAUUUGAUUGAUUCAAUCUUGGUUACAUGGUUAAACAUACGGCUUGUUGAUUGAUUCAAUCUUGGUUUAGUUAAGAAUAGCAUCUGUUUGUUGGUGUUCUGCCCUUUGAACUUAAUAUUUGAAAUCCUAUGAAACUUGACAAUUUAUGGGAAAUCCAUCAUUUCUUAUGUAAA